CCUCCGCGGCGCCUUAGGGCAGCGGCGCUGCAGAGGUUGGUCAGUUGCGUGAGAAGCGAGAGGGGCUGGUGUAAAGUCGACUACUGGAGGGGCUGCAAGAGAGAAGGAUCUGCCAUGUCGUCCUUGGUCAGAAGAGUGAUAAGCACAGCGAAAGCCCCAGGGGCCAUUGGUCCCUACAGUCAAGCUGUGUUAGUCGGCAGGACCGUUUACAUUUCAGGACAGCUAGGCAUGGACCCUUCUAGUGGACAGCUUGUGCCAGGAGGGGUAGUGGAAGAAACUAAACAAGCUCUUACAAACGUGGGUGAAAUUCUGAAAGCUGCAGGCUGUGACUUCACUAAUGUGGUAAAAGCAACUGUUUUGCUGGCUGAUAUAAAUGACUUUGGUGCUGUCAAUGAAAUCUACAAACAGUAUUUCAAGAAUAAUUUUCCUGCAAGAGCUGCUUACCAGGUUGCUGCUUUGCCUAAAGGAGGCCGUGUCGAGAUUGAAGCAGUAGCUGUCCAAGGACCUCUCACAACAGCAGGACUAUAAGUGGGCCCCAUGUUAUUUAGUCUGAAUUUUUCAUUAUGUUUUAAAUUAACAUCUUAAUUUUAACAAUUGAUGAAAGUGUAAGUUUGACUGAAAUAUAUGGAGUUAUUAUGGAAAUACCACAUAAUAGGGAGAGUUGAACAUGACUUGAAGAUUAGAUAGUGAAUCCAAUUACUGGUGUUUAAAUUACACAUAGGUACACCCAUAUUACCGAAUGUAGAAGAGACACUCAUUACAUAGUUACUCAAAUAAAUAAAAGUAAAGGGAAAUAACAUGUAGGCAAGAUGAGUUAUUGUUCCCGAGAUAAUCAAGAGCACACCUAACACAAUUAAAUUCUGUUAAUUUAAUGAUGUGAAAUAUUUAGUUCUUAUGUCAGAUGUGAUUAUGACACAUAUUGAGUACAAUUAAAGUAUUUAAAUUUGAAUGGUAGAGGUAAAGAAGAAGAAAGUGGACCAAAAUUUUAUAUAGAUAAUAUUUUUCUAAUGGAAAUAAAAGACAUGCAGACUUCCCUUGGUGUGAUUUUGUUCACUUAUUUUUUAACACUUUAAUUUAUACAUUAAAACAUAUCACUUAAUAAAAGGAAAGGGUAGGGAGGACCAUGAAGUGAAAUCUCCGACUAUUUCAGUUCUCA